AUGUUUCUAUGGAUUUUUAUAUUUUGGAUUGGUGGAUUUGGUGAAGCUUGUGAAACUGGAUUGACACAAUUAAGACAUCGAGAUAAUUUACAAUUAAUGAGAUGUGUUCCAACUCUUCCGGUAAGUUUUUGAUCUGAAUUUUGGGAAAUCUUAAAACUCUGAGAAAAAAGUUUAAGAAAAGAGUUUUAAAAAAAUUUUCAUAACUUUCAAAUUUUCAGGGAUAAAUUUUUUAAAACGAAUCUCGAAAGUUAGGUUUUUGAAAUUAGAAAAACAUUGUUGAACAAAAUUUUUCGGGUGAUCGUCAGGAAUUUUAAUGUUUGUUUUUUUUUCGACAUUGAAUUGACCACUUGAUCUUGAAAUGUUUGUAGUUUACACUCACCAUCAGAACAAGAGGUCAGAUAGGAAAUUCGGAGAAAAUUAGAAAACUUCAAGAUUUUGAAAAUUGUUGAUCCCAAACAAUAUAAUUUCCGAGUGAACAAAGUUGAACCAAUUUUGUCCCAAGAGGUUUCCACUUCUCAUUUCCAGUCGAACUCUAAAAAUUCAUUUUUCCAGGGCCAUCCGGAUCCUUGUAUAAUUCAAACCGGCGGACAAAUGAGUUUUUGUCAACAAGACGGACAAGAUUAUGUAUGUUGUGGAAGUGCAGAACUUCUAGUUGAUUUAAUAGGACGACAAAAUAAAAUGACAUAUCUCGAUUCAUGGCGGUUUUAUCCACGUGAUUCCUACUACGAUUAUCAAGUUCUUGUUCAAUCAUCUCGCGAAGAACAUCCAACAUCCGCUCCAAUUAUUCUAACAACGCCUCCUCCAGUUACAAUAACAACACGGCGAAAACCCGCGAAAUCAUUGGCUUUGCUUCAAAUGCUCACAAUUCCCUCGAUUGUUCGAGGAAAUUAUACGAAUUCUGUGAAAAUUAAUACGAAUUCGGUAUUGGUGAAAGAUGGUGCAAAAUGUGUAUUUGUUGUUGAUACAGGAAUGCCGAAACAGAAAAAACAAAUUGUUAAAAGUUAGUUUUUUCGGUUCAAAAAUUUGUGAAAGAAAAAAAUUAGACUUCAUUGAUAACUUUGAGUCAACGAAUUUCGCAUUUUUAAUAUUUUCAAAGAUAUCCUAAAGUCUUAAAGCCCUUAAGCUCACAACUACUUUAUAUUUUUUUGCAGAUAUGGUAGCUUAUGGAACAUCUGCGAAGAAAAUCAAAUUUGUAAUAAUCACAUCAUCAUUCGUACAUUUUGCUGGAAACCUCAAUCUUUUCCCAUUUUCUCAAGUAAUAAUGGGUGAUUCAACAAACUUCAAAGAUAGUGUAAUGUUUUCUCGAAGAUUCGAAAAACAUCGAACUCUUGAAUUAUGUUCUCCAAACACACUGAUAACAUCAACACCUGGUCCAACACCAAAUUCAAUAACUGUAAUUGUUCGAAAUGUUGAUUUGAUGGGUACUGUAGCUAUUGCUGGUGCAUUAUUUCCAAAUGGAAAUGAUUUGGAUGUUUUUGAUUUGGAAGCAAUUUGGGAUAUUCAGAAAUUCAAAGAAUCAAGGAAUCGAAUUAUUUGCGAAGUUGAUUGGAUUGUUCCAUCGAGUUCAGCACCUUUUAAAGUAACACAACUUCAUCGAACAAAAGCGAAAUGUUGAUUUUGAAGAAGAAGAAAAACGGGUUAUAGAAAAUAUAUUAUUUAUUUUUUACGUGAAUAAAAUAAAAUGUUUUUGAAAUCUUCAUUUUCAGAAAAAAAAAUGUAUUUUCAAGUUUGUUUGGUUAGAAAUAGAAUAUCGGUGAGAAAAAAUGAAUUGAUAAAAUAAUGAAAACCAUUUUCAGAUUAUUUUAUUGAUAUUUGCCAUCAUAAACUUUGCGAUUCUAACUUUUAUAUUUCUAAAGCAACAAGAGUAUGUUUUUUCAAAAUUAUAAUUUCAGCCCAUAAAUUCAAAUUUUCUUUUUCAAAUUUCAGAUUAAUCGAUAGUUUUGUCGAGAAAACAGUUGAUAAGUGGAAUUCAACAUCGAAUACUGAAAAAGAAGACAAUCAAUUGUUCAAUCUAAUUUUUAUGCCAGCAAUUUUUCAACAAUUGGUUGUAUUUUUUGUGAUUGUUUCAGUCGUUGGAUAUGCAAUUACAUAUGAUUUCGCAUUUCUUAUCGAUUUCGCAAUUUUCAGUGUGAGUUAGAAAAAUUCUAAACAUGAUUUAAUCUCGACUUCUUCAGGUGGCACAAUUCUUAUUGUCCGGUAUGGUAUUAUACAAUGGUUUUGAAAAUAAAUUUUAUAACAAAAUCAUGGGCCAUUAUGGGAUUUUUCACGCGGUGAACUUGAUAUUCAACGCUAUUUAUACAGGUAAAUAAGCAAACUUUUCGAUUAUUCAAACAAUCAUUUUUUUUUCAGUAACAAUAAUAUUAGGAAAAAAUGAGCAAGUCAUCGAAGCGGAGAAAUGUGUUGCUCAAAUGACUAAUCAAAUCUAA